AUGCGAAAUCUCCCGAAGCGCGCCCUCGCUCACGAGCUGUCACCGGGCCUCAUCUGCCGCAGCUGCCGGCUACAGCGUCGUCAAUUCGCGACAUCCCCCGCUCCGCCCUCCCCCGCCGCGACCGGCCUCACGUCCCUGUCGUCACGGCGGCUCAUUUCCGUUGCUGGUCCCGACGCCGCAAAGUUCCUGCAAGGCAUCGUGACGGCAAAUGUCACUACCAACGACGGGCAGCCGAGGAAUGACGGGUUCUAUACGGCCUUCUUGACCGCCACCGGCAGAGUGCUCUUCGAUGUGUUCGUGUAUCCCAAUCACGGCGCCUCGGGAGCGUCAGCCGACGAGCCCGGGUUCUUGAUCGAGGUGGAUGCGGGCCAGGCGCAGACGUUGGCAAAGCAUAUCAAGCGAUAUAAGUUGAGGGCGAAGCUGGCUGUUAAGCUGCUGGGCGAGGACGAAGCAAGCGUUUGGCACGCCUGGGACGACUCAGCCAAGACCAAUUGGGACUCGAUUGUGGCAUCUACCAAGUUUUCUCUCCAGGACUCCCGAGCGCCCGACUUGGGAUAUCGAUUUGCGCGGCUGGAUCAAAAGGCACCCGAGAUUGACAUCGAGCGAAGCACCGAGGAUGCGUACACAAUUCGACGAUAUCUACAGGGAGUUCCGGAAGGCCAGGAAGAGAUGCCGAGGGAACAUUCCCUGCCACAGGAGAGCAACAUGGACUUCAUGAACGGGAUCGACUGGCGAAAGGGCUGUUACGUCGGUCAGGAACUCACAAUCCGCACUAGGCACCGUGGAGUCGUCCGCAAGCGCAUCCUGCCAUGUGUAGUUUACGAGAAGGACCACGCAGCCCCGACAACCCUUGCAUACCACGCAGAGAGCACUUCGCUCGAGAGUGUGACCGCAGACAUGAUUCCACAGGCCACGAGUAUUGGUCGCUUUGAAAAGCGUGGCCGCAGUGCGGGCAAGUGGCUCAAUGGCGUGGGCAACAUAGGUCUGGGUCUCUGCCGCCUGGAAAUUAUGACUGACGUUCUCCCUGGGGAGACAGCCGCCGCAACCUUCAAGCCCGAGGAUGAAUUCGUUUUGGAAUGGGGAGAAGAUGGAAGCAAGACGGGCGUCAAGGUCAAGGCAUUUGUGCCCGAGUGGUUGAGACAAGGCUUAGAGACACAGAAGCAUUGA